UUAGACAACCUGCAAGUAAACCGGUGCACAUGGCUUUCUCCUUGAUCAAAUUGUAAACAGUGCUACCAAACGCAAUGUACCAGAUGCAGAGAAAUGUACUAUUCACUGUAUGUUCUACUGAGUAGUUCCUCUUGACAGUAAGCUGUUACACAUGGCUUGUUUUCUUGAAGCUGAUGCGUUGAGUAACUGUGAGAGGCAGUUUUCAUCUUUGCUUUCUCCAUCCGCUUUUCUCUUUGUACUGUUAGUGUGUGGGUGGAGUGGACAAGGUUGCUUCAGGAAAAAAGUGUGAUUUUCAAUGAAUGCUCAUAGAGGACAGUGGUGACGAAGGUACAGAGAGAAGAACUGUGAAGAACGCUAACAGUCAGGAUUAUUCUCCGCCACUGCAAUCAACAGCCUAUUGAAGAUGCCUCUGGGGAAGGAAUUCAGGAAGAAAGCAGAGGACAUCACAGCAGUGUAUGAUCUGAGAGAGAAGCUAGGAGAGGGAUCAUUCUCUGAGGUGCGCGUGGCUCAGCACCGCCGCACCCUGAAACUUGUAGCAGUCAAGUGUAUCCGCAAGAGGGCGCUAAAGGGCAAAGAAGCCAUGUUGGAGAAUGAGAUAGCAGUGCUACGCAGAAUCAACCAUCCCAACAUUGUGGCAUUGGAGGAGACCUUCGAGACAUCUACAAAGCUUUAUCUGGUUAUGACUCUUGUUACAGGAGGCGAGUUGCUGGACCGUAUUCUGGAGAAGGGGAGUUACACUGAGAGGGAUGCCAGCCGUGUCAUACAACAGCUUCUGGAGGCAGUCCAAUACCUCCACCAGCUGGGCAUCGUGCACAGGGACCUGAAGCCUGAGAACCUACUGUAUCAGACUCCGUCGGAAGAUUCCAAGAUUGUCAUCAGUGACUUUGGCCUGUCCAAGAUGGAGGAGCAGGGGAUGCUCACCACAGCAUGUGGAACCCCUGCGUAUGUCGCACCAGAGCUUCUGCAGCAGAAAUCAUAUGGCAAAGAAGUGGAUCUAUGGGCUCUGGGGGUGAUCACCUAUAUACUACUCUGUGGCUACCCUCCGUUUUAUGACGAGAGUGAGUCACAUAUGUACAGGCAGAUCAUGAAGGCUGAAUAUGAGUUUGACUCCCCGUAUUGGGAUGAAAUCUCUAAUUCAGCAAAAGAUUUCAUUCCGCACAUGUUGCAGAAAGAACCAGAGGAGAGGUACAAUUGUGAGCAGGCCUUGAAGCAUCUUUGGAUAUCAGGAGGAGCCGCUCUGGAGAAGAACAUUCAUGGAUCAGUCAGUAAGCAGAUCCAGAAGAACUUUGCUAAGAGUCAGUGGAAGGUUGUGACCUUUAAUCCAUGGGUAGAAGAGAAUUUGCCCAGAAGAAUCCUGUGACAGACCAGUCAGAGUGGUCAUUUCGGCUCUCAAGCGUCUCUAUAUGUGAUAAAAAACGAAUACAGUGUGAAACUUUCUUGCUGCCAGCAGAGAGCACUCUUAAUCAAGCUUAAGUUCUGUUUUUUGUUGUUUGUCAUCUAAACAUUGCUCAGACUCUGGUUGGGCCCCAUACACUUCAGCAAUAAGACUCAUUUGACUCAUCAAGUGUAAUUCUGUUGAUAAAUCCAUAUAGGCCUAGUAUCUGACCAUGCAUGGAUGUAAACAUGUUUUCUUGAAUGUUAUUAAGUCUCUAUAGACCCUUGUCUUCUUCAACAAUAAAAAUGUUAGAAAACACUAUUUUUUUUACUCCUAGUUUGAUCUAUGAUCAUCCUCUUGUUGAGUUUGACACAGUUAUUCUUGAUUGUCUUGGGAAGAAUAAGACCAAAUGAAAUUGACUAAAUCUGCAGCAUUGAAAAUGACG